AUGGAGAUGGAGUUUGAAGAAACAAUAUGGGAGCCAACUAGUCCAAGCUCACAAUAUUUGAAUAGUUCCACUUUGUCUUUAUCUAUUAUUUGUGUAUUGGAAUCAAAUAUUCCAAUUGAAAUUGAAAACUCAAAGGUUUUCACCUUACUCAAAGAUGUCUUUUUGCCUAUAAAUUCAAGAUUUUCCUCAAUCAUGAUCAUGGAAAAGGAUGGUGAAAGGAAAUGGAAGCGAGUUGAAGUAAACAUCAAAGACCACGUAAAGUUCCCAAUAUUUCUAGGUGGACAACUACUUAGUUUCUACGACAUGUACUUGUCCAACUACCUAUCGAAAUUGGCAACCGAUCCGUUCCCUGAAAAUCGACCAAUGUGGGAAAUUCACCUACUAAAAUUCCCAACAAGCAAUGCAGCUGGAAAUUUGAUUUUCAGGCUUCACCAUUCACUUGGAGAUGGUUAUUCUCUAAUGGGAGCACUCCUUUCUUGUCUACAAAGAGUCGAUAAUCCAUCGCUUCCUCUAACAUUUCCUUCACGUAAAAGGACAGAGGCGAAUUCAGAAUUUCAAGAAGAUGGAUAUACUAUCCUGAACAAACGAAUUCAGGAUAGAGCAAUUAAUAUUGUCAAAUGUGUGCCUCGUGCUUUUAUAACGAUGGUGAAUACGGUUCAAGAUUUUGGACGGAGUGAUUUGAAGAGCACGUUGAUCGAGGAUGACCGGACCCCAAUCAGAUCCGGUGAUGACGGGGUGGAGUUCCGACCGAUUGAGAUCGUUACGAUGACGUUUUCCUUGGAUAGCAUCAAACAAAUCAAGGACAAACUCAAAGUGGUAAAUUUCAUAUACUAUCUCUUUAUAUGGUAUUCUAAGUACUAA